AUUGGAUCACAUCUUAGUGACUGGGCUUGUGUCACCGCGCCCUAGGCUUAAAAAAAGAUUGAGCUCUUUGUGCGGUAGUAAAGGAAGUUUGGACCAAGCGUAGAUCUAAUUCUACACAGGAGAGACUAUUUCAUUUCUUACUUUAUACACUGCUCAAAGACUAAAUCGUAACGCCAUGGACAAGGGGAAUCCUCCACCUUAUGCGGGACCUCCACAGGGAGCCAUUCCAGGGGGCUACGGACCAGGCUACGGAGUUGACCCGAACAGUGGUUACCCACCUCAAGCAGGCUACCCGCCCCAAGGAGGAUAUCCUCCACCACAAGGCUAUGCUGGGUACCCACCGCCACAGGCCGGGUACCCACCUCCACAGCCCUACUUCCAGGGCGGACAACAGAUGCAGUCGUCUAACAAUAUAGUCGUCGUCGGUGGUGGAGGCGCACCAGUAACUAACACAGUCAUAGUAGAAAGACAAGGAGUCAACCAUUGUUUACAUUGCAUCAUCACACUGUUCUUCUUCCCUUGGAUUAUUGUCUGGAUCAUACUGUGCAUCACAGAAGGCUAAAGCUUCUACAUGGCCAGCCAAAUCAAAUUCGUGCCUUUCUUGUUUACUAACAAAUUGUUGUUAACAUGUUACUCUAUUUGAGAAUGUAUGAUUGCUUAUUUUGGCCAAGAGUUGUUUAAAAAUCUGUCCAACUGUGUGCCUUUGGCCAAAUAUAAAUUUUACUGAAUUACUUUGAACAGUAAACUUGAAAUUACUUGUUAGACAAAGCAAUUUAUACUUUUUAAUGCAUUUUUAUUAUUACUUUAAUUUUAAUAAACUAAAAUUUAAAAUAAA